AUGGCAGGUGAACAGCCGGUGAUACACCAGCACUGGAGAAGCCGGGACAAUAUCGAGGUGAUCUCCAACAGCAUCCAGAAAAUCUCGGACUACCUCAAAUCGUUCGACGUGUCCUGUCGCUCGAGACUCGAGACACUCCAUGCGAAACUGACUGCCCUGGAGCAGAAGAUGGAAAACAUCGAAGAACAGAUGGCCAAAGGUGAAGAGCCCCUCACCUAG